ACAGCGCCGUGUCCUGCUGUGUGGGUGCGACUCCAGCUGCCGCUGCACCUGCUGCCUUAUUAUCGUGCCAUGACCGAGGAGUUCACGACGUGUGCCCUGACAUACUCGUCGACGCCGGGACAGACUUUAAACUCCGUGAGGGGCAAAAGCAUGGACUGGGAGCAGCCUAUUUUCUCCGUGUUGGCCGGUGGUGUGAAGACGCAGCCGGCGGGGGUCACCUGCGCCAUGACGCCGGGAGCCGCCUCACCUACGGCCAUCACCUCCGACACCGAGUCCGGGAUCUUCUCCGUGGAGUGUGAGCUCUGCGUGGAGCACGAGUCCGAGCUGGACUGGUACUGCGGGACCGAGCGGAAGCCCAUCUGUUCCCUCUGCGCCACCGCGGGCUCUUGCCGCGGACACAGCGUGACCUCUCUGGGCAGCAGAGUCACCGCAGUCAGGAACCAGCUGGUGGACGUGUGUGAGAAAAUGCAGCUGCAGGCACACAGGAUCGAGAAGUUCAUCGAGCAGACUCUGACAGCCAAAGAGCAAAAGCUGCAGGCAGCAGCAAGCAGGGCGAGGGAGCAGGUUCUGGCUCAGGUCAGCGCUGCACGUGAAGCCCUGGAAGAGGAAGAGCAGCGCCUCCUGGAGGAGGUGCAGCGAGAGGAGGAGCGGGUGGAGCAGUGCCUCCUCACACAGAGAGCCCACUGGGACCAGUCCUUGACGAAUCUGUCGCAGACACGCUCCCACCUGGUGCACACGCUGACACAUACGCCGGACGCACAGCUGGUGACCAGUGUCCAGGAGAUAGAUGAGAGGGUGGAGGAAGCGGAGGGCGUCGGGGAGCCAUGUGACACGGACAAGCUGAAUUUUAAUGCGGUCUGCAGUGACAGCAAGCUCCUGAGGGGGCUGUGGGCUACAGCGCUGCUGCUGGGGCCUAAUGCUUACGGUUCAUCUAAUCUGAAGUUUGAUGAGGGAACAGUGAGCCCUCUCCUUUCCCUCUCCGAUGACUUGUGCACUUUGACUUUCCUCCACAAGAAAUCCCGCCAGUCUCCACCUUUUGACGCAGCACGUUUCGACUGUUGGCCCAAUGCCCUGGGUUCGUUGUCCUUGUCCUCUGGCAUCCACAGCUGGGUGGUGGACGUUGGACGGAGCGGGGCUUUUAAGGUCGGUGUCUGCUACGCCUCACUGGAGCGCAAAGGCUCUGGGAACGAGGCACGACUGGGCUACAACAGUAAGUCCUGGGUGCUGUCCCACUACGACGGAGACUACUCCUACUGCCAUGCAGGGAUCAAGGUGCCGCUACAGGUGGUGAAGAGACCCCAGAAGGUCGGGAUGCUGCUGGACUGGUCGAGCAAGACGCUACUGUUUUAUGAACCGGACUCCUGCACUGUGCUGCACUCGAUCACGCAACACUUCAGUGCCCCGCUGCUGCCAGCAUGUGCUGUGACUGACCAGAGCAUCACUAUACUACACUGAUUAAAAAACAACAACAAAACAAACGCACCUUUUCCGUGAAGAAGCAACAGGAGACAACUCUAAUGUUUGUAUAAACAUAGCAAAUAAAGAGGACCUCAAUAAGUCCACAAGGCCUCCAUUCCUAUUUAUAUUUUGUUUUUAAUUACUUUUUUAUAUCGAGAUAUCUUUAAAUGUUGACAUAUGACACUAUAUUUUGACUGAAUUUUUUUAAAAUUAUUAUGAACAUUGUUCUGAUUCGUAAUAAUUGUGUGAUAGUGUAAUGAAUCUUUCAAGUUUUAUAGAAAACACUGAUUGAUCAGAGUUUUGAAUGUUAUGUGCAAAAGGAGGGUACCAUGGAAAAACAGAAUGUAAUAAUUUUGUAUUAAUAUGAUUGUCUCAUAUUUUCUGAGUAAACUCGUUAUUACAAACUGUGCUACAUUUUUAGAUUUUGUUCACUGAAUUAUUUACCCUAAACUAAAAAGCUGUGAUUUCAGGCACUGAAUUGGCAACAGUUCAGAAGGUAAUAUUUUUUAUGCUUCCACUUACAGGCAAGAUUUAUUUGACACAUUUUUGGUUGCAAACACUGAAACAACGAGUGAAAGACCAGACCAAGGAGAUUCAAUUGUGCAGAUAGAGAUAUAGAAGUUGUAGUUAAAUAUGAACAAAAAAGAGAUUGCAUAUUUGCAGCACAAGAAGAUGAAGCUAGCCUAAUAUAUAUGUAUUAAAAAAACU